AUGCCGACGGUAGCGGAGCUGAAAGCAGUUUUAAGGGACACACUGGAAAAAAGAGGUGCUCUUGGACAAAUAAAAGCAAGGAUCAGAGCUGAAGUUUUUAAUGCGCUGGAUGACCAAACUGAACCACGGCCACCGCUGUCUCAUGAAAAUCUCUUAAUCAACGAACUAAUUCGUGAAUAUCUGGAAUAUAACAAAUAUAAAUACGCAGCAUCUGUUUUAACUGCAGAAUCUGGCCAGCCUGAAGUGCCCUUGGAUAGACAGUUUCUUGCCAAAGAGCUGAACGUAGUCGAAGACGCAAAUGGAAGAUCAGUCAGACCUCUCUUGUACGGGAUUAUCUCUCAUUUCUUACAUGGUGGUAAAGAAGAAAGUACCCAGAAUACCCUUCCAAAAGGGUCUUUGCUGAAUUAUCCAAAGCAGAACCUUGGCAAACCACCUAGUGAAAGAAAUCAAAAAGAUAGAAUUCCAGAACCAGGAAGGAUGGCUGGCGUGAGCAUUGAAGAGCCCCUUGUUUUACAAAGUAUAAACAGAUGA